CCCCCACCUUUAGUCCCCAAUUCAAUUCUACCCCCACGUUGCAAAAUCCUCAAUUUUGUCCAAAUUACGACCUUUUGACAUUCAAUUGUACCCUGAAUGAGUUUUUCCUGAAUUUUUUGCCAACUAGGCUGACAUGUCACCCAUUUCAUUGCAAAGACCCUUUUACCCCCGCUGACUCAUCGCUGAGUUGGACAAACCAUGGUUGGGUCCUAAAUCAUAAACAAAACGGUGUGUUUUGAUUUUAACCUAAAAAAAUUACUCAUUAUGGCAGACUGAAUCGUUUUGUUUCUGCCUCAGCUGAAAUUCAUCGUCUUCUUUCUUCCAUCCUUUCUCUCUCAGUGGAACCCUAAUUACUCAGUCUCUGAAUCGUCCAUUGUCUCUUUUCGUUUAAGUGUUAUGAAAAAACCGUCUGCGAGAUGAAGAAAGUAUCAAGAAUGGAAAAAGGAAAACGAAAAGAAGAAAUACCAUGGUUUGCACCUCCGACUAUUCCGAAAGAUUACAGGCGACCGUGUCAGGUCUAUGUGGGCGUGGAGUUCAGUGACACAUACCCUAUAACACUGAACAACGAAGGGAAGAUUUUGAAAGGUUACUGGUACAGAGACGAAAACCUCACAUUUGAGGAUAUUGGCAAUAGGCUUCGAGAUAUGGGAUACCCGGAGGUUAACCGAAUUGGGUAUCACGAGCCGACAGGAAACUGGAACACGGUAACAAUAGUGAAGGAUGAUAUAGGCAUUACGAAGUUGUUCAAUGAGGGACACGCCUUUGGUUUCGUCAAAAUGUUCAUUGAGUUCAAGCGCGAUCCUGAACCUGAAGAGUUUAACUUUGAUAUAGACGAGUCUGUUUGGGAAGCGUUUGAGAGAAAUGAAGCUGAUAAGGAAGCUGAUAAGGAAGCUGAUAAGGGUAUGCCUGAACUAGAGAUUGAGGAUCAAGAGGAUGACAGAGAAGGGCAUGUACUAACUGCUGCUAGUGUUGGUAUGGAUUAUCAUAGUUCAGAUGAUGCCACUUACAUUUGCGAGUCUGACACUGAAGAUGACAGUGUUAGCGAUGGUGGAACCGAUUUUGAUGACGAGUAUACUAGUGCGAGGGAAACGAAGAAAAAGUUUAGAACUUCGGUUUGUGAUAGAAUAUCUGGCUUGGGAUUAGAUGCAAUGUUAGAAGCUCCGGGGGGUAUAGCUAGUCAUAACGGCAAGUAUUGGGAAGGUGGGGCAGCCGGCAAUUUAGAUGCCCAUAAGGCUAUACAGGAUAUGGAUAAUGAAGAAGGAUCUGACUACGCCGACACCGAUGAUGGACUUCUUACCCCAUCGAGUACUGAUGAGGAUUGUCUUGAUAUUAGAAAGAAGAAGCGGGCUAGUAAGUUAUACUAUGACCCUACGUGCAAUCAUGAGGACUUACUGUUCAAGGUGGAUAUGAUUUUCAUGAACAAGGUGCAAGUGAAAAGUGCUGUUCAGCAAUGGGCGAUUUGUCGGGGUCAUGACAUUCGUUGGAGAAGGAGCGAGCGUUUACGUGUCGAGGCACGUUGCAAAGCUGGUUGUCCUUUCAAGCUCUAUGCUAGCAGAAAAAAAUCAAACACUUCCUUCAAAAUUUUGCGGCUUCAUAAUGAACAUACCUGCCAACGAGCAACAACUAACAGACAAGCUACAUCAGAAUGGCUUGCUAAAGAGUUCAUCAAGAAAUUUAGGAGAGAGCCUGUAUAUUCUGCCUCUUUAAUGCAAGCUGACAUGAAAGACAAGUACAAGGGACUAAUUGUGUCAGAGUCAGCUUGUUAUAGGGCUAGAGGGCUUGCUCUGGAUAUUAUUAGAGGGUCACUCGAGAGUCAUUAUGCAAAAUUUAGAGCAUAUGACGCGGAGUUGAAAAGGAUCGACAAAGAAGGGCUGUUUCAGUUUUACACGAUAAAUGACCCAAAUAGUGGAGCUCCAAUAUUUCAGAGAUACUAUGUGGGAUUUUCAGGGUUAAAGAAAGGAUUCCGCAAUGGUUGUAGGCCUGUGUUGUGCGUUGAUGGAUGUUUCCUAAAGACAUUGACUGGUGGGUGCCUGUUAAGUGCGGUUGCACGAGACGGGAACAACCAAAUGUUCCCGGUAGCGUGGGCAAUAACCGAAGCUGAAAACGAAGAGACGUGGACAUGGUUUUUGGGCUUGCUAAUUUCAGAUCUCGGGUUUGGAGACGGCAUGUACUUGACGCUAAUUAGCGACCAACAAAAGGGGCUGAAAAAUGCAAUUGUGACAUUGGUUCCUAUGGCAGAGCAUCGUAACUGUGCCCGCCACAUUUACGCUAAUUGGAAAAAGAAGCACAGAGAUCCUGAGUUGAAGAGAAUAUUUUGGUGCGCCGUCAAUGCAACAAAUGGCCCAGACUUUGACAGUCACAUGAAGACGAUGGCAAGUGAGAAACAAUGGGCAUAUGAGGAUUUUAUGGGGCAAUUGAACAAUGUGUUUUGCAAAUCCUUCGUUAGGGAAUAUCCGAGGUGCGAUGCUAUUACAAGUAACUUAGUGGAGACGUUCAAUGGUUACAUUGCCAAGGCUAGGCAACUACAGCCCAUUCAUAUGUUGGAGGAGAUUCGUACUUCGUUGAUGAAAAGAAUGUACCUGAAGUCGGCGUUGAUGGACAGUCAUCACGAAGACAUUUGUCCGAGGAUUAGAGAGAGGAUCGACAAGACUCAGAUUUCGACAAGAUUAUGCGCUGUAACACCUGCAAAAGGAGGGACAUUUGAAGUAAAAUGUGAUCCGGAUCAGUUUGUUGUCGACCUAAAAAAGAAGAUUUGCGGCUGCAGGGCAUGGGACAUAACGGGUAUUCCUUGUAGCCACGCACUUGCUUGCAUUAAUUUCAUGCGUUAUGACGUACGUGACUAUGUGCAUGAGUGGUACAAGAAGGAUAAAUACCGUGCAACCUAUGAAUUCUCCCUUCAACCAAUUAACGGGAUCAAAAUGUGGCCCAAUGUAUAA